UUUUAGUGAAUACUCUUGAUGAAAUCGUUUUGCUUUGCGAGAGAAACGACAAUAGUCGCUAUUUCCGCUCCAAUCAGUAAAUAAAGAGAAUUUUGGGGAAAGCAAGAAGACCAAAAGAUGUCGACGGCAGCAAUGGAAUAUGAGGACGGAUCAUCGUCGUCGGAAGAGGAGGAGGAUGUGAAAAAGGAGGUACGGAAAGAACAUUACUCCUCCACCCAUAAGAUACUCUUGGUCGGCGAAGGCGAUUUCUCCUUCUCUCUGUGCUUGGCCAGAGCUUUUGGCUCCGCCCGCAACAUCGUCGCCACCACCGUCGACACCCACCAGGAGCUGGCAAAAAAGUACAGCAACGCAAUCGAGAAUCUAAUAGAGCUUCAGCAAAGAGGCUGCGUGGUAGUCUGUGGGGUGGACGCAACCACCAUGAGCCACCACUUUUUUCUCACCACUCAGCGUUUCCAUCGCAUCGUCUAUAAUUUCCCCCAUGUUGGGUUCGCCUUCCCUGAAGGCAAUGGCUGCCAAAUCAUGUUGAACAAGGAGUUGGUGAAAGGGUUUCUUAUGAAUGCAAAAGUGCUUCUGAAAAAGGAGAAUGGUGAGAUCCACGUGACUCAUAAGAUUGGUGAGCCUUAUGACAAGUGGGAUUUGGUUAAAGAGGCUGAGAAGAUCGGUUUGGUUUUUUGCAAGGCCAAGCCGUUUUUCAAAAACAAGUAUCCUGGAUAUGCACAGAAGAGGGCACAUGGUAGCGCUCCAGAUGAACCUUUCAACAUAGGAGAAAGCAAAACUUUCAUGUUCAGGCUCAGUGGAUGAUAUGCUAGAUGCUCCAACUUUAGGAAAAUAAGAUUGCUUUGGUGUAUGAUGUUCAUAUUCUAGUCUUAAUGAAGUGUGU